UUCGCAGAAGAUCGGUAACGGAAUCGCGUGUGCUGGCCAUAUCUCUGUAUAAUAAAAAAGCCACUGCCAUCGAUAUGCGUCGAAUUCGUCGACGGUUAUGUUAAGUGCCUAAAAAUCUAUAUAGAAAAAGCUGUGAAAAUAGAAAUCAGCGAUAAUGGAGUUGACGCUGGUCACGUUAAAUUGGUUUGAUGUGAUUUCCGUGGCGCUGACAUUUCUGGUGAUAUUCCUGGUGCAAGUGCUCAACGUCUAUUUGCAUAUACUCAACGAUAAAGCCGAUAAUGCCAAGUCGACCGAUGUGGUUGACAAGGCACCCGCGAAAGAAUGUCCGAUACUGGAGUCACCCGUCUCACCGAUAGCCACCUCGCCACCAAAGUCUCCAACGAACUCCAAUGGCAAGCUGCUGGAGAAGCAAGCCAGUCUGCUGGAUACCGAUAGCGGCAUCUCAUUGAGUUCCAUCAGCAGCACCUGUGCGUCGAACCCAUCUCCGACAUACCGAAACUCACACAAUGGUUUCCACACUUUCCCCUCGCACACGCUCAGCUUCGAGACCCUGGGCGAUGAGUACCACGAGGAUGAGGAUACACUGUCACUGGAGAAUCUGUUUCCGUGCGACCAGACCGAGAUCUAUGCCUCCAAGAAGAUCAGCUUCAUAAUUGAUGAGCUCAUCCAGACGGAGGUGAACUAUGUAAACAAUCUGAAGAAGGGAAUGCUGAACUAUGGCAAGCUGAAGGACGUGGAGGAUGUGCCGGAGGGACUGAGUGGCGAGGCAAAGCAGAGGCUACUGCUGGGAAAUGUGGAGGAGAUACUGGAGCUCCACGAACAGGAGAUUCUGCCGCUGAUGCUGCGCAAUCAGCGGGAUCUCAAGGGUCUCUUCGAUGAGUUUGCCGUACACUUUGAGAAAAAUCGCUUCUAUUGCUAUGUCAGCUUCACCAUGGGCAAGAAAUCCUCUAUGCAGCUGCGACAGGAUCAUCGGGAAUGGUUGCAGACCUAUCAAACUUCAAUAAAAGACAAGCUGGGCAUCGACAGCUUCCUAGUUCAGCCCAUCCAAAGACUGACCAGAUAUCCGUUGCUCCUGCAGCAAUUUAUAUCGGAAUUCUACAAGAGUGGAAUUAGCUGCAAGCCUGUGCUAAGUGCGGUUUGCAAGCUAGAGACGCGCAUGAGACGCGCUCUAGAUGUGGUCAACCAGGCCGAGGAGAUACCCAAUAUAGAGGAGCUCAAUGAGCUGGACCUCCUGCAGUUGGGUAACUUCCGCCGCUCCACAGAGUUCGAUGCCCAUCACUUUCCUACCCGCAAAAAGUAUCGCGCCAAGAUCUUUCUCUUCGAUCGCAGCCUGGUCUGCACCGAAAUCCGUAAGAAAAGGCUGGCCUUCCGGCAGCACUACCUCUGGGAGAAUGUGGAGCUACAGCGACCCUUAGAGCUGGCCACCUCCAAUGCCAAUAAGACCAUCAAUCUGCUAGUGAAGCAGCAGGAGGGAGGCAGCAGUAGCAGCUCUAGCAGUGCUUCCAGCGGCAAGCGGGAGGAGUUCUCCUUUGUGGCCUCCGAGGCAGCGGUGGUGAAGCAGUGGCUCCAGGCCACCCACAAGAUCAUUGAGAUCGCGAGGAACGAGCACGCCCGCAGGAAUACCUUUAGUCUGCCCAUGGAUCUGGUCAUUGGAGUGGUGAUCUCCAUUUGGCUGAUAUGGCAGUACUUGUAGAAGAUACCGCCACCAUAACCUCCUCCUGUUCCUGGUGACCACACCCCACCCCACCCAACCCAACCCAUCCCAUCUAGAUUGUAGAUAUCUAAGAAUAAAGCUAAGUUAUUUCGUAGUCUUGAACUAGUGUGUAGUUUCCCCGGUGUUUGUCCGAGCGUAAAAUAAGCUUGCUGCAGUCGCUUGACAAAUAUUUAUGAUAAAUUGCCUUUGCAGUGGCCAAUCCCAGUCUUGUCUUGUCUCCGUUGUCCUUGCAGCAGAAUGUAAAUAGCUUUUCAUCUUUUUCGCCAGCCAAAGCACAUGGGGCAUACACUGUGUGUGCUUUGCUUGCGGCAGCCACCGAAAAAUUUAUGACAAAUCUAUUUAUUUAGAAUUUAUGACGGCCCCGAUGCAGGAAGCCUUCCAACCAGAAGCCAAGUCACGGUCUAAGGAAAUCUAAUGAACCGUGUCCGAGAAAAAGAUGUGGAUAUGAAGAGCUUGACAAGCUGACGAGGUUUUUUUGGGAGUGUGUUAAAAAGCAGUUUGCAAAUUUUUAAAAUGUGCGAAAUUUCAUAUUUGAGGGGAGUCUAUAAAUAGUUAAUAAAAAAUAAAUAUUGGGAGUAUUGCUGAAGUAUUUUAUAUUUUUAAGUCUGGUAAAGUUUUCUUUACAAUAAAUUGAUGCUAAUUUAUCUGUUGACAUUUUAAGAAUAAAUAUUUAGUAAUUCUAAAUUGGGUGGCUGACUUAAUAAAACACUUUUAAAAUUUUAA